CUUUUCUCCCUGAAUAUUUAUACGCGGGAAGUCUAAAUGGCUCACUUCACAGAUCAGCUGUUUGACCGACUCAUCACACACCAGACACAACAAACAAAGAGUGCAACUGAGGUCUUUGCCAACAUGGGAAAGUCCAAAGAGGGAAUUUUCACCGGCGAGUUCGCCGCCACAAAAGAAAUAGAUGUCCCAGUUAGCCCUUGCCAAGGUUGGAUCAAUCCUUGCGAGUUCUGCGACAAGAGAUUUGGCGACUGGGUGGAGGCGAGUGAUGAAAAUCUUGCCAAGAUUUCAACAAAUCCAGGAAUUCUAAUGGUUGGCCUAAAGAGCAAGAACAACACUGAAAUUGUGAGCAUAUCUCUUCAUUCUAGCGACAUUCAAAAAAUAAGCCACAGCUGCAUCGAUUAUGUCAAACAUCGCAUUGCAGACAAAAAAUCCAAGUUCACUAAAGCUGUCAUCCUUUGUCGGUGGUUGACACUUAAGAAUACAGAUGAUAAAGAUGCUAUCUAUUUGUAUGCUCAUUGGUAUAAUAAUGGUAUUCUACCGAGAUUCGUGAAGUCCUGGCCAGGUUUGGACAACCUUCAAAACACAGACAGUCUUAUGUUUUCAGAUGACCUCCAGAAGUGGUGUCACCUCCCAAAAGAAGCCUUUUGGAAGAAACCAAAACCACUGUCUGUAAAACUAGCUGAAGAAGUGAGAGGCUGUAGUUGGACUCAACCGUGCGAGAUCUGUGAUAUGUAUUUUUCUCCGUGGAAGAGACUGGACGAUGUUGUCACCAAUGGUCUGGCCCCUGAUUGUGAUGGGGUGUAUAUGGUGUCCCGAUGCUCUGGUCGGACAAGGGAAGUAGUGGACAUUAGUUAUAAAGGUGAUAUCCUAGUCAAUAUUAAGAAGAGUUUACAGGAAUAUUUCCUUAGCACGUGCAGUGAACUGAAAAGAAAAGAAUUAGAGAGCAGAAAUGUUUUCUAUGAAGUGAGGUGGUUGGUGGUCACCGAUCCUGAAAAUGAUGAUGCCUGCUUCCUCUAUGCACAUUGGCUAAAUGCUGAUACUUCAACAGGUUGCACAUCCUACAUCAUAGAUUAUAAUUUCAAAAAGAUGCGGAGAAAGAAAAAUUUCAUUGUUAGGACUCGUGAUAGGAAAUGGUGUUAUGAGAUAGAUGCUUUUAAGCAAAUUAAGGAAUCUAAAGCUAAAUCUAAGAAGCAUAUUUUGAAUGAUCUGCGGGAAGAUGUCAGUUUUAUAAGCUUUGAUACAUAGCAAAAAAUGUAAUGUGUUGUUAUUUGUUUAUUCAUGUAAAUAAAAUUAUUUUUUUAUGUUUUUA